CCUAGCACCGCUAUGAUGAUUCAGCGCUUUAAUUUAAGCUACUCGCUGAGUCAUCAUAGCACUGUUAUUGCACGACACCUAGACAUGUGGUAGACAACUUUUGCUUUUGUUAUGAACUAGGUAUGCUUGUUGUCCAUCCUGCAAGUUGGUGUGAUGUCUGCCUCGAUCUCUACUCUAUCUCUUCAGACCCCGCCAAUUCUCCACAUGCAAUCGCUUGCGGUCACAUCUUCUGUCUCACGUGCCUUCGCUCUUUAUCACCAAGUGCAUGUCCACUUUGCCGCAAGCCUUUCCAGUCAGAUCGUAUCAAGAAACUCCACCUUGCGAAUCCACCCGAACUAGAUAAUGCUGCACAGGACGCUAUCGAUGCUCAUGCCAGUCUCCUCCUCCAGCGCAUAGCUCUGGUUUCAGGUGAAGAGACACCUGAGGCAGAUGUCGUUGAAGUAGUCACCGAAGUACAGGAAUGGCUGCAGUCUCAACCAGACGACCCCAGCUCUCAUAUGGCUCUUCGGGCUGCCGUGUCUUCCCUUCAGCGAUACAAAGCUCUUCAAGAUCAGAGCGAACGUGAAAAAGCAGAAUAUCGUCGCCUCCGAAGUCAACUUCGGAACAACAAGCGAAAUGCAGACCACGACUCCAAAACAUCUCGUGCAGUGGAAGAAAGUCUACUUUCCAGGAUUCAAGAAAUUGAGAAUGAACAUGCUCUGUGAGUCAUCAGUAGUAAGGUAAUGAAUAUCUUCUAAAUGACUUCUCUAUAUAGAGAGGUGAUCAUUUGGUUCAGCGGCAUCUGCAUUGGACUUACCUCGUGUCCUUAUAGCUGUCCCAAUUACAUGUCGAGUUAGAAAACCUUAGAAACCCGCAACCCCGAUAUCGCAACACCAGCAACCCCCUCCCCCCACCUCCAGAGCCCUUGCCAAUCGAUCGG